GAUUGUGUUUCUUUCGUUUUCAUUUCCCGGAAGGGUCGAAUGUGAAAAUAGUAAAGAGUUUUAUCUCUUCGUGACUUUUUUUUUUUCAAUCUUCAUUUAAAAUGGAGUUCGGGGAUGAUUAACCUGAAGUUUAUGUCAUUUUCUGAACGAUUUUUAUGUCUGCUCACAAGGAAAUUAUCCUAUUUUUUCCCCGCUGUACAGUCGAAUAGAUAAAGGGCAUUUCAAUGGAGAACGCUUCCCCGUCACCUUUGGUCAAGCAAGAAAACAGAGCUAACAGUCCUUCAUCCAUAAUGCAUGGAAGGCAAGUCAGCAUUCCUCCCAGUGUGCAUCACUCCCCCCCUAACCAGCUUCCUAUGGUCAGUGCUUCCACUCAGGAAGACCUGUGGCAUCUACCUGGGCGACUGCGCAUAAAUCCAUCUCUGUGGGACAAAGAGGAUGUUGCUCACUGGCUCCACUGGGCUCAGAAGGAGUACUCACUGCGCCGACCGGAGAAGGGGCGCUUUGAGAUGAAUGGCAGAGCCCUGUGCCUGCUCACCAAGGAAGACUUCAGACGCCGCUGCCCCAGCUCAGGUGAUGUUCUGUAUGAGAUCCUUCAGUGUGUGAAGCAGCAAAGGAGGAGUGUUGUCUGUGAGCCUCAAGACACGUCUCCCUCCCCGGCAAAUGGACACAGCCAGAGUCCAGUCAGCUGCCAGGUCCCCACUCACAGCGUCCAAGAGCAACAGGCUCCUGCAGCCAGUGACACCCAAGUGUCGAUAGCUGUCGUAAGCACUGUGAGCAGCCAGCCAGAGCCCAAGUCACCUCUCAGAGAUCGCCGCUUGAUCUUUUACACUCACUCAGCUCCCCUCACACACAUUAAUGGGUCAGCAGCUGUCUCUGCAUUGCCCUGCAGUCAAGUUAAGUGUCCUCCCCAAACAGAGAGCAUCAACCAGGAGCCUCUCAAUCUGUCCAGCCGAGAGAAGCCAAGGAGCCUGCUGCACAAAGCCAAUGGCCGCAUCCCAGAGUGCAGGCUUCUGUGGGACUAUGUGUAUCAGCUACUGUGUGAUGACCGUUACCAGGAAUACAUUCGAUGGGAAGACCGGGACAGCCUGGUGUUCAGGGUGGUGGACCCCAAUGGACUGGCACGUCUCUGGGGAAACCACAAGAACCGAGACAAUAUGACGUAUGAGAAAAUGUCCCGUGCUUUGCGGCACUACUACAAGCUCAACAUCAUCAAAAAGGAGCGAGGACAGAAACUCCUCUUCAGGUUUCUGAGACUCCCACAGGACAUCAGGAAACCAGAGGCUGACCCUGCAGAGUCCCCAGAACACACUCCACCUCCGAACGGGGACUUUCCAGACAGCCCUCUGACACACGAGUUCAGUGAGGACCAUUUUGAGGUUUCCCCAGAUCGCACUUCUCCACAGCCCCCUCCAACCGGUGCUCCUGUGAGAUAGAAAUAAAACGGCUUUAGAUGUGCCAAAUACAACAACACAUUACAAAUUAUUAACAGAAGAGACAAGGAAGUGUGGUGUAUUUAUCUUGUAGUUUAAAAAGCUUAAAAAAAUAACCCAGGCAUGUACAGGUUUAACAAAAUGCACUAUUAGGUGUCAGGUUUUUUUGCACUGUGAGAUUGCUUUUCAAUUUGCUGUGAAUCAAUGUAUGCAUUACUGUGAUCAGAAUGAACACUAAUAUUAAAGGAUGAGGAAUGUGAAAGAAAUCACAAGAAUGUUCAACCAACCAAAUAAUCAUCAGAACUUAAAUUUCCCAGGCUUGCUCAACAUAAUUGCUAUACAAAUAACGCACUUCUUUUCAUAUACUAUGUAAGUCUUGCAGGUAAGUGGUAGAAAUGAUUGUGAAACUGUGCCAGUUUCUUUGCAGAUUGUUCUUAGACAGGAUGAGGCAGGAGCGAUUUAUUGGUGUUUACACCAAAGUAUUUGUGUGCUAUUUGAAAGCCAGUUUUUACAAGCAGUUGUUUCACAAUAGUGUAUGCCUUGUCAACCUGAAGAUGAGGUAUUUGUUUGUGUUAUACUUUGUAGAGUUAAAUUAAAUUGGUAUUGCCUAUAGGCUGCUUGCCACUGUUUUUUCCUGCUUUGUAAAAUAAAUAUUUUGUAUGUCAUAGAAA